AGACGACAUGCCCUUUCUGGGUUCAGAUGUUCUGGAGAAUCAUUUGAAUUCUUGUUCAAGACGUCAGCUCUAUGGUUGAGGUUUCCGACCAGGAGGGACUGGAACUCCUUUCCCAGCUGCAGGAAAACAGUUGACAGUGUCCCUAUGUUGACUCGUUGAAAGAAAUAUAAAUAUGGCCUUCUACAAUUAUAAAACAGUCUUAGCUAUUGCCUGGACAAGAUUCCCUAGCCAUUUUGUCCUGCCUACCAGCUCUUCUUAUUCCCCAUCAUUUGCAUUUCUUCACUUGCCAGAUUCCCAUUUAAACAAAACCUAUAUGAAGAACUAUGGAAGCAAAAAGUACUCCCAUCCAAGUCAGUCAGGCAAUAAAGUACUUCAUUUACGAGCCAGAAUCUUCCAAGAGCUGCACACUUCGACUUGCUGGUUGCAGGAGGUCCCCAAUAAACAUCAGCAGGAGCAAACAGCAAAGAAGCCUCAGGUGCCAAGCCCUCAGCCCACGAAAGAAGUGGGCAUGAAGAUUAAGGAAGGAAAGCGAUCUUAUAGACAAAUAAUUAUGGAUGAACUGAAAUAUUAUUACAAUGGAUUCUAUUUGCUUUGGAUUGACACCAAAGUUGCUGCCAGGAUGGUUUGGAGGCUGUUGCAUGGACAGGUGCUGACCAGACGAGAGAGAAGAAGGGUAGGCAAGAGUCAUAUUUGAGAAAGAAAAUGUAAAAUUGAAACGAACUGUUGAUGAACCAACUUUUAAAUUCCUCUGAAAAAAUCCCAGAGUAGGAAUAGUAAUUCACGGUGAGAACCAGAGUUUCUGACUUAUCUGCAACCGACUUGCUGUAUACCUGUAGAUGGGCUCUUAAAAUAUGUGUAUAGUUGCCCAUGGAAUGGUUAUAAUUGUGUUUUCUAAUUUCUCCAAGGGGUUGAGAGGCUUCAAGUUUGAUCUGUGCAUCUGGAGUAGAAACUGCUGUUAAUGUAUUAAGUAUAUGCAUUUGAAAAACCAAUUGUAAGAGAUACCAUGUUAUUAAAGUACUGACUUAGAUGAAAGCUCA